GUGUUCAACAAGCAGUUGAUUUAUGUGCUGCUCCUGGUAGUUGGUCGCAAGUAUCCUUUAAAGAUGCUCACUCAAUUAAUGUUGACAUAUAUUUCGAUAGUGAGAACCAGCCUGAAAAUUUACAAGCGCCAAAAAUAGUUGCAGUAUCACUUGAAG